AUGGAAACAGAUGUAGUUAAAAACAUUGCUCCUCAAACAUCCAUUGCAAGAAAGAGGAGAAAGCUUAUUCUUAAAGCAAAGAGGGAUUAUCGAAACCGUGUCAGAUCAAGCAACCUCACUUCCCAUCUAAAUCAUAAUUUUACAUCUUCUGUAACAUAUGAAACCACUAUUGAAACGGCUAUGGCUAGAAAGAGAAGGAAAAUAAUCUUGGAUAACAGAAAAAGAUUGAGAAAUUUGUUCAAUACUGAAGUUAGUAGGGUUCAAAAUACAAACAACAUUGUUAGUCAAAGUCAGAACAUGGAUCAUGCAUCUACUUCAAAUUAUAAUAUGUCAAGUCAGUCCAUGGAUCAUCCAUCUACCUCAAAUCAUAAUAUGUCUGUUGAAUCUCAUUAUGAGGACAAUAAUGACUCCAACUCUGACAAUAAUUUAGAUUCUUCAAAUAGUUUCGACUCUGACGAAGAUUCAGACCCGGCACAAUUACAGGAGGCCCAUCUUCAAGAAUAUUACGAUAUUGGCGACCAAAGUUAUGAAUGCGCACACUGCCAAGCAUGUAUGUGGUACCAGGAAAAAGUCAAUAGACACAAAAUUACAGCAACUCCUCGCUUUUAUCGUUGUUGCCGUGGAGGAAAAAUUGUUCUUCCGUUCCUUGAACAACCUCCACAGGUGUUGCAACAUCUUCUAUUUAAUAAAACAUAUUCAGAUAGUAAAAACUACCAGGCUAACAUACGAACAUACAACGCAAUGUUCUCAUUCACUUCCCCUGGAAUGAAGUUCGACACAACAUACUCUAAAAGAGGAGGACCCCCUACUUUGAGACUGCAGGGUCAGACCUGUCAUCGAAUUGGUACACUGCUGCCAGAAAGAGGGCAACCUCCGCAAUAUGCUCAAUUAUACAUCUAUGACACGGACAAUGAAGUUGAACACAGAAUAAAAUGUUUCAAGGACAAUAAAGGCAUCGAGCGACCGGUUGUCAAAAAGCUCAAGAUGAUGUUAGAUGAGAACAAUGUUCAUGCCAAAGCUUUUAGAAUGGCAAGGGAUGUUUUAAGGACAAAUUCUUUCACAGAUUUAAAACUCAGGCUUAUUUCUGAUAGAUCCGAAGAUGGCCGUGUUUACAACAAACCUACGGUCUCAGAAGUAGCUGCACUCAUUGUGGGAGACAUUGAUUCUGCUGAUAAAAGGGACAUCUUAAUUCAGCGCCGCAAUGGUGGUUUGCAACGAAUAGAUGAGUUUCACCCAGCAUAUUUGGCUUAUCAGUAUCCUCUUAUAUUUCCUUAUGGGGAAGAUGGUUAUAGGAAAAAUAUAAUGCACAGAUAUCGCCAUGAAACUGAGGUCACUAAGAGAAACCGUCAAAGCAUUAAGGAUUGGUUUUCUUACCGGUUACAACAACGUCGCAAAGAGGCAAAAACACUACUUUACUCAAGACGCCUAUUUCAACAAUUCUUAGUCGACGGCUAUGCUAUGAUGGAAUCCGAACGACUGGAUUGGUUGAGAAAUAAUCAGUCGAAAUUAAGAGUGGGCAAAUAUAAUAAUUUGGCCGCUCAAACUGAUGGCGAUACAAGAAAUGAACACCAAAAGCGAGGAAAACGAGUUGUUCUGCCAUCAACAUUUGUUGGUAGCAAGAGAUAUAUGGAUCAACUAUAUUUUGACGGUAUGGCCAUUUCAAGUCAAUUGGGAUUCCCUGAUUUAUUUGUUACUUUUACCUGCAACCCAAAUUGGCCUGAAAUUAAAAGAGCAUUGUCAGGCACAGGUCUACAACCCCGUGAUAGGCCAGAUAUCAUUUCAAAAGUUUUCAAAAUAAAGUUUGAUACCCUCAUGGAUGAUAUUACAAAACACCAUGUCGUUGGAAAAGUGAUUGCAUGCUAUGACAGAAUAACAGCAGCAGUUUCAACAAAUAGCAAUCAACCUGUUGAUGAGAUCCAACAAUAUCUCGACUGCAGGUAUGUCUCUCCCAGUGAAGCAUGCUGGCGCAUUUACUCUUACAAUAUUCAUGGCAGAAAACCAGCUGUGGAACGUAUGUUCUAUCAUUUGGUUGGGGAAAAACCUAUAUACUAUACAGAUUAUGCACGCAUGGAAAAUGUGCUGGAAACUGCAAGUGUGACUGAAUCAAUGUUUACUGCAUGGCUGGUAGCAAAUGCUAAAUAUGAAGAGGCACAAACAUUAACUUAUGGUCAAUUUGUCUCAAAGUUUGUUUAUCACAAAAAACAGAGAGAAUGGAAACCGCGGAAAAAAGGCUUCACCAUUGGUCGUCUCAUAUGCGUUCCGCCAACAACUGGUGAACUGUUUUACCUGCGCAUGAUGUUGACAGUGGCAAAAGGACCAACAACAUAUGAGGAAAUCAGGACCGUGGAUAACAUUCAGUAUGAUACAUUCAGAGAUGCAUGCUUUGCAAUGGGAUUUCUUGAAGACGACAAAGAAUACAUAGCUGCUAUAAAGGAGGCAAGUCAUUGGGGGACUGGUCAUUUUCUUCGAAAACUGUUUGUUAUCAUGCUUUUGUCUGGUGCUGUUAAUCGCCCUGCACAUGUUUGGGAACAAACUUGGCUCCUAUUAUCUGAUGGUGUCUUACAUACACAAAGAGCAUUGGCUGCUAAUCCAGAAUUGGACCUCACACAAGAAGAGUUACAAAAUUUGACUUUAAUAGAAAUUGAGAAACUGCUUCAGGCAAAUAGAAGGACACUAAAGGAUUUUAGUCCUAUUCCAUAUCCGGAUGCUUAUGUUCUUGAACAGUUGGGAAACAGGCUCAUAUAUGAUGAGCGUAAUUAUGAUACAGCAUCAAUGAACUCAGAAUUUGAAAAUCUGUUUGCUGUCUUACAGCAAAGAAGUAUUUAUGAAAAAAUCAUCCACGCUGUGGAGUCUCAAAAACCUGCGGUUUUCUUCCUUUAUGGUUAUGGUGGUACCGGAAAAACAUAUAUGUGGAGAACACUCGCAGCUGCAUUAAGAUCAAAACACGAUAUAUGUUUAACUGUUGCAACUAGCGGUAUAGCAUCAUUGUUACUUCCAGGAGGUAGAACUGCACAUUCAAAGUUCAGGAUACCGGUACCAACUAUGGACAAUUCUACUUGCAAGGUUGAAUUCAACGGUGAUGUCGCAGACAUGUUACGACAGACAAAGCUUAUAAUAUGGGAUGAGGCACCAAUGGCGCAUAAGUAUGCAAUAGAAUCGCUUGACAGAACUUUGAAAGAUGUUAUGAGCGCAGACAAAAAUUCAACUGAUGUAUUCGGUGGAAAGGUUGUUGUUUUCGGGGGCGAUUUCAGACAGAUUUUACCUGUCGUCCCCAGAGGCAGUCGUUCCGAUAUUGUACAUUGUGCCAUAAAUGCAUCUUACAUAUGGCAUUCAGUUGAGGUAUUAACAUUGACAAGAAACAUGCGGCUACGAACAGGAUCAACACAGACUGACAAAAAUGAGAUAGCACAGUUUUUAGAUUGGCUUUUAAGAAUAGGAGAGGGCCGAAUAUCUGAGCCUAAUGACGGCACCGCCGAAAUCAACAUACCACCUGAUAUUCUGAUAACAGAAUUUGAUGAUCCAAUCGUGGCCAUUGUCAAUAGCACAUACCCUGAUUUCAUAAAUAAUUUCCAAUGUGUUGAUUACCUUAAAAGUCGAGCGAUACUUGCCUCUACACUGGAGAUUGUUGAUCAGAUCAAUGACCAUAUACUUAACUUGAUGCCAGGAGAGAUUCGUGACUACUACAGCGCAAAUUCAGUUGACAAGUCUGAGAUUCAUGACCCAGCAGUAGUUGAUAUCCUCACACCAGAAUUUCUAAGUUCCCUCCGAACAUCAGGAUUGCCAAACCAUCACUUAAAACUAAAGGUUGGGACACCUAUAAUGCUCAUGAGAAAUAUAGAUCAGGCUGAAGGUUUAUGUAACGACACAAGGCUGUGUAUAACAAAGAUGGCAGCCCAUGUACUGGAGGCUUCAAUAAUGGGUGGUAAAGGUUUGGGAAAUUUGGGACAGUCAUUGGAUAACGUUGGUUUGUACUUACCGAAAGAUGUAUUCACACAUGGCCAGAUUUAUGUCGCAUUGUCAAGAGUAACAACAAAAAAGGGAAUCAAAAUACUGAUACAUGAUGAAGAAAAGAAAUUCAGGGAGAAAACUACAAAUGUUGUGUAUAAAGAAGUUUUUAACAAUGUCUAA